UUUCAUUUCUGCAGCAGACCAUUUAGUUUCAUUUCUCACAGUUUGUUUGUGACGGAAGCAGGGAUUGGGGAGUGGCUCUCAUACUACAUAAAAGUGAUGCAGGGAAAAGGAGAGGCAUGACGUGCCUGGCCUCUGUCCUCACCACACACAGAGCUUGUUGAGUGAACAGGAAGUGCUGAGCAGCAGAGAGAGCACCUGCCAUCUCUAACCCGGAGAUAGUGGAUGUCUAAGACCCACAGUUCUCGCUCCUGGAAGAGGCAGAAACUUUUCUCUUCCCGAUACCGGUUAAAAAAAGAAAUGAAUGCCUCCCAGCAACAGCCAUCAGCAUUCGGUACAGCACCAAAACCAGUGGUGUUUUCACCAAAGUGGCAAUUUGGUGAGAAAGAUACCAUCUUUCUUGCCAAGGACUUUAACUUCCUUUCCUUGAACCAACAACAGCCAGCAGGGAACAAGAUAUUCCAGGUGGCAAAGGGUUCAGAAAACAAGCUGUUCAGCCAGUAUGAAGAGAAGGUGCGCCCCUGCAUCAACCUCAUUGACUCCCUGCGGACCCUGGGUGUGGAGCAGGACCUAGCCCUGCCCGCCAUCGCCGUCAUCGGGGACCAAAGCUCCGGCAAAAGCUCCGUGCUGGAAGCUCUGUCAGGAGUGGCCCUGCCCAGGGGCAGUGGAAUCGUCACCAGGUGCCCGCUAGUGCUGAAGUUGAUGAAGCAGUCCCAGGAGCCAGUGUGGAGGGGGAAGAUCAGAUACCGAAACACAGAGAAGAAGCUCGGAGACCCCACCCAGGUGGAGGCGGAGAUCUGCAAAGCGCAAAACAUCAUAGCUGGGUCUGGUGUUGGCAUUAGCCAUGAGCUCAUUACCCUGGAGAUCACCUCCCCUGAGGUUCCGGACCUGACCCUCAUUGAUCUUCCUGGCAUCACCAGAGUGGCCUUGGGGAACCAGCCCCAGGACAUUAGCCUGCAGAUCAAGGCCCUCAUCAAGAAGUACAUCAAGAGACAGCAGACAAUCAACUUGGUGGUGGUCCCUUGUAAUGUAGACAUCGCCACCACAGAGGCACUGAGCAUGGCUCAGGAGGUGGACCCGGAAGGAGACAGGACCUUAGGGAUCCUGACCAAACCAGAUCUAGUGGAUAAAGGCUCUGAAAAAAGCGUCAUGAAUGUGCUGCAGAACCUCACGUUCCCGCUGAAGAAAGGCUACAUGAUAGUGAAGUGCCGGGGCCAGCAGGAGAUCAUGAAUAACCUGAGCUUGGCAGAGGCAACCAGGAAAGAACUGAUGUUCUUCCAGUCACAUCCACACUUCAGAGUUUUCCUGGAGGAAAAGAAGGCCACGGUACCCCAUCUGGCAGAAAGACUUACGGCCGAGCUCAUCGCGCACAUCAGAAAAUCACUCCCUUCGCUGGAAAGUGAAAUCAGGGAGCGCCACCAGGGGGCGACAGAGGAGCUGCGCCGGUGUGGAGCCGACAUCCCCACCCAGGAAACCGACAAGAUGUUCUUUCUGAUCGAGAAAAUUAAGGUGUUUAAUCAGGACGUUGAAAAGUUAGUAGAAGGAGAAGAAAUUGUAAGGGAGAAGGAGACCCGCUUGUAUAACAAAAUCCGAGAGGAGUUUAAAAACUGGGUACUUGUUCUUGCAGCCAAUACCCAGAAAGUGAAAAAUAUUAUUCAUGAAGAAGUCUCGAAAUAUGAAAAGCAGUAUCGUGGCAAAGAGCUUCCAGGAUUUGUCAACUAUAAGACGUUCCAGAACAUCGUGCAGCAGUACAUCCAACAACUGGUCAACCCUGCACUUGACAUGCUCCAGAAAAUUGUUGAACUUGUCCAGGAAGCUUUCAUCGUCACAGCCCAAAAUAAUUUCGGUGAAUUUGCUAACCUUAACAGAACAGCCCAGAGCAAAAUUGAAGACAUAAAAAUAAAACAGGCAGAAAAAGCAGAGAACAUGAUCCAGCUUCAGUUCCAAAUGGAGAAGCUGGUAUACUGCCAAGAUCAGAUUUACAGUGUCGUUCUGAAGAAAGUCCGGGAAGAGCUCUUUAACCCCGUAGAGAAGCCUUCACAUAAUAUUCAUCCGAAUUCCUGUGUCAUAAAUGAUUUGUCUCCAGUUUCGGCCAUUACGGAAAUCGGCGUCCACCUGAAUGCCUAUUUCUCGGAAACCAGUAAACGUCUUGCCAACCAGAUCCCAUUCAUAAUUCAGUUUUUUGUGCUUCAAGACAAUGGCAACUGGUUACAGAAAGCCAUGAUGCAGAUACUGCAGGAGAAAGAGCGCUAUUCCUGGUUGCUUCAAGAACAAGGUGAGACAGCCACCAAGAGAAGAUUCCUAAAGGAGAGAAUUUACCGGCUCACUCAAGCACGACAAGCACUCUGUAAAUUCUCCACUGAAGAGAUGUAAUGAAAGUCUACGAGCUGC